GCUGGUGCUGCAGGCAGUCUGACUCACAGUCCUCUAAGUGACUCCCAAGGAACAUCUGCUGAAAAGAGGAUGGCCCAGGUCCUGCAUGUACCGGCCCCCUUCCCAGGGACCCCUGGUCCAGCCUCCCCGCCUGCCUUCCCUGCCAAAGACACUGACCCACCCUACUCUGUGGAGACACCCUAUGGCUACCGCCUCGACCUGGACUUCCUCAAGUAUGUGGAUGACAUUGAGAAGGGCCACACCCUGCGGCGGGUGGCCGUGCAGCGUCGCCCCCGCCUUGGCUCUCUGCCCCGCGGUCCCGGAUCUUGGUGGACAUCCACUGAGUCACUCUGCUCCAAUGCCAGCGGGGACAGCCGCCACUCGGCCUACUCCUACUGCGGCCGUGGCUUCUAUCCACAGUAUGGCGCCCUGGACAGCCGAGCAGGUGUCAAUCCACGUGUGGAGCGCACCCUGCUGGAUGCCCGCCGCCGCCUCGAGGACCAGGCCGCUGCGCCCCCCAGCCUGGGCUCCCUGACACCCAGUGCAGCCGGCUCAACAAGCUCCUUGGUGGGAGUGGGGCUGCCGCCCCCAACGCCACGGGGGUCAGGACUGUCCACGCCGGUGCCGCCCAGUGCAGGACACCUGGCUCACGUGCGGGAGCAGAUGGCGGGUGCUCUGCGGAAGCUGCGGCAGCUGGAGGAGCAGGUGAAGCUGAUCCCCGUGCUCCAGGUGAAGCUCUCUGUGCUGCAGGAGGAGAAGCGACAGCUCACAGUCCAGCUCAAGAGCCAGAAAUUUCUGGGCCACCCCACAGGGGCCCGGGGCCGUGGCGAGCUCUGCCUGGACCUCCCUGAGCCCCCCGAGGACCCGGCGGCACACGAAACCCGAAGUGUGGGCACCUGGGUCCGCGAGCGGGACUUGGGCAUGCCUGACGGGGAGGCAGCCCUUGCUGCCAAAGUUGCUGUGUUGGAGACACAGCUCAAAAAAGCGCUACAGGAGCUGCAGGCAGCUCAGGCCCGGCCACCGUUGGUGUCGGACAGCCCGGUCCGUGCAGACACUGUCCGGGUGGUGGAGGGGCCCCGGGAGGUGGAGGUGGCGGCCAGCACAGCCGCUGGAGCCCCUGCACAGCGGGCCCACAAUCUGGAGCCCUACGGGGCAGGGCUGCGGGCCCUGGCUACAUCUGGCAGGGCCGAGAGCCCCUCUGUGUUCCGCAGCCACGAGGUGGUGGAGACAGCGUUCCCAGCGCCUGCUGUGCCCACUGGUAACGUUCACAUGGUAAAGAAGAUCAGUAUCACAGAGCGUGGCUGUGAUGGGGCGGCAGGUCUCAAACGGGAUUGUACAGAAUCAUCCCUGUCACCCCCAGUGUCCACAGCAGCCUCCCUGGCACAGCCUGAGAAGAACGUAGAUGGGGUGCCUGCCAGGCGAGCAGCCCCAUGUGAGUCAGAGGAGGCUGAGGGUGCAGGGUCACUGAGAAGGACCCUCCCGAUGCUCCCUUUUCCCCCAGGCGGGCCCCAGGCAGGCGUGCAGUCCAUCAUGAAGGGGAAAGAGGAGCCCACGGACCCAGCAGCCCACCAGAAGAGCCUCCAGUUUGUGGGGGUCAAUGGCGGGUACGAAUCCUCAUCCGAGGACUCCAGCACAGCAGAGAACUUUUCAGACAACGAGAGCACAAAGAGUGAGGCCCCAGAGCCCGAGAAGAGGGUUUCCAGUGUGGCCGAAGCCCCCCAGCUCAGGCCUGCAGGGACAGCAGUGGCCAAGACCAGUCAUCAAGAGGGCCAGCUGUCUCAGGAGUCCCAGGACAUGCUCACGGCUGAGGGAGCAUCGGGGUCAAACGUGGAAGAGGAGAGCCGGAUGGAGCUAAGCCCAGACCUCAUCUCUGCCUGCCUGGCCCUGGAAAAGUACCUGGACAACCCCAAUGCCCUCACCGAGCGGGAGCUGAAAGUGGCCUACACCACGGUGCUGCAGGAGUGGUUGCGCCUGGCCUGCCGCAGUGACGCACAACCUGAGCUCGUGCGGCGCCACCUGGUCACGUUUCGGGCCAUGUCAGCGCGGCUGCUGGAUUACGUGGUCAACAUUGCCGACAGCAAUGGCAAUACUGCGCUGCACUACUCCGUGUCUCAUGCCAACUUUCCUGUGGUGCGGCAGCUGCUGGACAGUGGUGUCUGCCAGGUGGACAAGCAGAACCGUGCCGGCUACAGCCCCAUCAUGCUCACUGCCCUGGCCUCUCUGAAGACCCAGGAUGACAUCGAGACCAUCCUACAGCUCUUCCGGCUCGGAGACGUCAAUGCCAAAGCCAGCCAGGCGGGGCAGACAGCCCUGAUGCUGGCAGUCAGCCACGGGCGGGUGGACGUGGUCGAAGCCCUACUGGCCUGCAAGGCGGACGUCAACGUGCAGGACGACGAUGGCUCCACGGCGCUCAUGUGUGCCUGUGAACACGGCCACAAAGAGAUCACCAGGCUGCUGCUAGCAGUGCCCAGCUGCAACAUCUCACUCACUGACCGAGACGGGAGCACAGCCUUAAUGGUGGCCUUGGAUGCCGGGCAGAGUGAGAUUGCGUCCAUGCUGUACUCCCGUAUGAACAUCAAGUGCUCGUUUGCCCCGAUGUCGGAUGACGAGAGCCCUGCGUCUUCCUCUGCAGAAGAGUAG